AUGGUGAUAAGAGUUGUCCUGAGGGUUUUCCUUCCCAGUGGAUUGUAUAACGUACACUGCCAGUCUCUUUGUCUUCUGUUCCCCAUGGCUUCUUCUGAUACCCAGGUGAAAGAACUGGAGAAGCGGUCCUCUGGGCAGGCCUUUGAGCUGAUACUCAGCCCCCGUUCAAAAGAGGCUGUCCCAGAAUUCCCUCUUUCUCCUCCAAAGAAGAAAGACCUUUCCCUGGAGGAAAUUCAGAAGAAAUUAGAAGCUGCAGAAGAAAGACGCAAGUCCCAUGAAGCGGAGGUCUUGCAGCGGCUGACUGAGAAGUGGCAGCAUGAGAAGGAGGCGCUGCAGAAAGCAAUAGAGGAGAACAACAACUUCUAUAAGAUGGCCGAGGAGAAGCUGACCCACAAAAUAGAAGCCAGCAAAGAGAACCGAGAAGCACAAAUGGCGGCCAAGCUGGAGCGCUUGCGAGAAAAGGACAAGCACGUGGAAGAAGUGCGGAAGAACAAGGAUUCCAAAGACCCCGCUGAUGAGACUGAAGCCGACUAG